AUGUAUGGUGUUGCUGCUCUUCUUGCUGCUGCUGUUGAUACUACUGCUGCUGUAGGUAUUGCUGCUGUUGUGUAUAUUGCUGCUGCUGUAUAUAUUUCUGUUACUCUUGCUGUUGUUGUAUUCGAUGUCUCUCAUAUUAUUUAUGUUCGUUUACAAUCUAUUUCACAAGAAAUUCUUAAAAAAAAGGUGGGCAAGAUUGAAAAAACACACGAGACAAAACUCAAUGGUGUACGUGAAAAAAAACAAAGACGUGCUCCACAACGACAGAUUCUUGACCCGGUAACAAAUCUUCCGCAGGAGAUGGGUGAUCCGGUGACAAAUCUUUCAAAAUACAACUUAACCGAUAGCGAGCAUGAUGCUCUAGUUAAUGGAUUAAAUCAUGUAUAUCCACCUGAAAAACUCGAUCAUCAACCACAGUUCGUAUGCAAUAUGGAAUAUUUUUAUGCACGCCUUUUAAAUAUACGAACUGUUUAUCGGCAUUACGAACAGAAACCAUCUACUGAAGCUGUUCGUCACCAAUUAACAUCAGUACAAUUGAGUGCUGCAUCUGAAUUACAAUGUUUUAUUAGUGAUCAGGAACACAAGUUGGCAUCCCCCAGUGGAUCAAGACCAGCUCGAAUAUACGGUGUACCUAAAUUACAUAAGAAACGAGAGAACUAUCCUCUUCGACCUGUAAUGUCAGCUACAAAAACAGUAGCUUAUGGACUCGGUAAAAUGUUGGCUAAUCGAUUGAAUACACUUCGUACAAGCCCAUAUAUGAUCAAAGAUAGAUUUGAUUUUGUUCGAAAAAUCAGAAAAUUAGAACUUGGAGAUAAAAAAGUGAUCUCUGGAGACACAUUUUCUCAUUUCAAAUAUCUUGCACAAAUAGUUCUUGCAAUUCCAGCAAAAUCUACAUCAAGUGAGCAAGUUUUCUAUACAACCGGUUUAAUUAUCAAUGCCAAACGAACAAAGUUAUCACCAGAAAAUGUUGGUAAAAUACAAAAUGAUUCAUGA